CUUCCUCGACAUUACCACAAGCUCUCGACGCGUUCUCCCACUUCUCUCAAUGACAGAACGAUUUACAAGAUGGCGAUGAUAUCGGAUUCGAGCUACGUGCUCCACGCGAUCCGGCUCAGCGCUCUGCGCACGACGGAUGACAGCGUCACGCCCCGGAUAGUAACUAUGGACCACGCGUUUGCGUCUAACCCUUACGUGAACGCGAUGGGACUGGGCGACAUCGACCGGUGGCCGGAGCUUAAGCGAGCGCUGGACAGCCCCCCACCCGACCCGUCGCCGCUAGCGAUCGACUCGGACGACGGGCUGCCGGACCUGUCGAGGCGACCAGCUCCUUCCGGAGGCGGAGCGAUGGGGCUGCGAUAUACGCAGACCAUUAUGCCGGCGGGGAGGAUAGGUGGCGCAGGCAUGCGCGUGAGUGGACGAGACGGCGCGGCCUUUCGCGGGAGGAGGCGGCACAGCGCGCAGCGCAGUCAGAGCUCAUCGAUGGAGGUACGGCCACCAAUCCCGCCACCGCCAGAGGAGGGGCGACCGCGCGCGUCGAGCACAGCAUCGGAGCCCAGCCACGUGCGCUCGCCAGAUGAGGACAUCAAGCCCUCGCUAGCUGGCACGAUCGGUUAUGACCCAGACGGGAGCAGCAUCGGCGUGGCCGAAAGCGCGCUGCCAAGCGACAUGGCGAUGACGGUCACAGAGGGAGAUCCGGAUGUCGACGAAGGGGACGACGACGACGAGGCUGGCGCGGAGGCUCCGCCCGUCUUGGGAAGGCCGGGGCACGCACGGCAUCCUAGUCAGAUCCGGCUGGAGGCCGCUCAAGGCGGGCGACCGUCCACCAUCCAUGAGGAGGACCGCCGAAGCUCCACAGAUACCUUCUUCGAGACCAAGCUGGAGUUCGGGCGCAUCGCCAUACCUCCUACUAUCCCAGGCAGCGUGCCCAACACUUCGGCACUUACAGCCACGCUGAACCAGCACGUGCCGCAUCUCGUGUCAACUGGCGGCGCACCACCUGAUGGGGAGGCUCCGACUGCCUCCAAUCCUUUCGCAUCGCUGUAUGCCAGCGUAGCUGCGCCGCCGACGAUUCCGAGCCUCAAGCUUGAGCUGUUCUUCCCUCACUCAGACGAUCCUAGCAACCCAAUCCUCGCGACCGUCCGCAAGGACGCGACAGUCGAGGAGGUGACUGGACACGGGUUGUGGAAGUACGUCGAGGAGGGGCGAAGCCCGGAUCUCGAGCUGGACGAUGCGGAGCAAUCCACCGUCGGGUGGGGGCUUCGGAUCGUCGAGGAUGACGGCGAAGUGGACGAGGAUUUCCCUCCGCUCGACCGCGAGUCGGCCAUCUCCAAGUUCUCGUACGGCCAAUUCGGCGUGGUGCGCGCAACGGACUCGCAAAAGAAGCAGAACGCCGCGAUGGCGCCGAUGAUCCAGCGGCGGCCGUCGCGCAUCAUCGCGGACACGCGCCCGCGCCGCCCGCAGCCCAUGCCGACCGUCAUGAGCCCCGAGGAAGACACGCCGCUGAAGCAAGGCUUGAGCGCCGGCUCGCGCCCCGUGCUUCUGCACGUGUACGUGCGCGCCAGCGCCGACGUGCAGUUCAACACGACCAUCUCUGCGCCGUCAGACAUGUACAUUGCCGACCUGACGGAGGUGCUGGUGUCGCGCAAGAACCUGCCGCAGCCGGCCAGCGACUGGGUGCUCUGCCUCGCUGAUCUGAGCCUCGCGCUGCCGCCGGACCGCACCGUCGCGUCGCUCGAGGGCAUGAAUGAGCUCACGCUGGUUCGGGGGCAGUGGGCGGCCGAGCACGGGUUGCGCGGGGACAUGCGCGGCGGGGAUCCCAGCGCGAGCAUAUUCAAGCGCGCGAGCGAGCCGCCGGCGAAGUGGGAGAUGGGGCAGACGUACAAGAAAUACACGGUUAUGCGUAAGACACCGAUUGGGCGGCACGAGCGGCAGCUCGCUAUCGACGGGGACUAUAUCCACAUCAUGCCGUCCGAGAAUCGCGCGUUCUUCGACAGCCUCAAGACGACGUCGAUACAUAUCACGCUCGUGGCGGGCGUCAAGCUUUCAGGGCGCGCGGGCGGGUUCAAGCUCUACGUGUGGCGUGAUGGGAGUCGGAAGAGAUACGAGUUUGAGGCGGAAAACGUCAAGCAGGCGCAGGAGAUUGUCGAGAGCAUCGAAGCGCUGUGAGUGGAGGCUGGAGAUCGGGUUAACUUCAAGCUGCUAGCUGACCCCAGGAUGCGCACAUAUCAGCGUGAGCGGAACAGCAUGUUCGUGCCGCUGCGGCAGUCGAGCACGCGGAGCAAGCCGACGAACUAGAAGAGAUGUCGCG